CUCCACAGAUUAAAGAGGAACCAGAGCCUCCACAGAUUAAAGAUGAACAAGAGGAACCAGAGCCUUCACAGAUUAAAGUGGAACAGGAGGAACUCUGCACCAGUCUGGAGGGAGAACAGCUGGUCCUGAAGCAGGAGACAGAAACCUUGAUGUGGACUCCUACUUGUGAGGAAAGUAAAGAUCAGACUCUGGACUUGAGUCCUGAUGAAACUCAGAUUGUGGUAGAGAAAGAGCAUGUUGUCAGCAUGUCAGUUAAAAGCUCUGUGGGUCCAGACCCAAACAAUUAUGACCAGGUCCUCUCUCACAACUCUCACAUAGCUGAGAACCAAGAUCACAAAGGAGGUCAACACGAAUACUCAGGAUCAACCAGAAAUGCAGAACCAAAACCACAGAAGAGACAUCACAGUAGAGAAAAUAACAACACUGAAGACAAGUCUACCACUUUAAAGAUACAGAGUAAUACAGAGAAACAGUGUUUUAAAUGUGACACUUGUGGGAAAUCAUUUGUGGUAAGGGCCACUUUGCGCAGACAUCUCAAAGUCCACACAGGUGAGAAGCCACAUACAUGUGACACUUGUGGGAAAAAAUUCUCUACACUGGGAAAAUUAAAAGAUCACACGAGAGUCCAUACAGGUGAGAAGCCGUAUACAUGUGACACUUGUGGGAAAAAAUUCUCUAAGCUGACCAACUUAAAAGUUCACAAGAGAAUCCAUACAGGUGAGAAGCCAUAUACAUGUAACACUUGUGGGGAAAAGUUCAGACAUACUCACCACUUGAAUAAACACAUGAGAAGACACACAGGGAAACAGUGUUUCGAAUGUGACACUUGUGGGAAAUCAUUUGGGCUCAAGGCCAAUUUGUGCAGACAUCUUAAAGUCCAUACAGGUGAAAAACCAUAUACAUGUGACACCUGUGGGAAAAGAUUCUCUAAACUGACCAACUUAAAAGUCCACAUUAGAGUCCAUACAGGUGAGAAACCGUACCCAUGUAACAGUUGUGAGAAAAGAUUCUCUAAGCAGGACAGCUUAAAAGUGCACAUGAGAACACACACAGGUGAGAAACCGUAUCCAUGUGAUACCUGUGGGAAAAGAUUUUCUGAGAGGAGCAAAUUAAAACUACACAUGACUCUCCAUACAGGUGAGAAGCCGUACAAUUGCAAAACUUGUGGGGAAAAGUUCAGAUGUGCUACUAACUUGAAGACUCACAUGAGAACACACACAGAUGAGAAGCCGUACCCAUGUAACACUUGUGGGAAAAAGUUCAGAUGUACUACUUACUUGAAGACUCACAUGAGAACACACACAGGUGAGAAGCCAUACCCAUGUGACACUUGUGAGAAAAGAUUCUCUACGCUGAGCAUAUUAAAAGUGCACAUGAGACUCCAUACAGGUGAGAAGCCGUACCCAUGUAACACUUGUGAGAAAAGAUUCUCUACGCUGAGCAUAUUAAAAGUGCACAUGAGACUCCAUACAGGUGAGAAGCCGUACCCAUGUAACACUUGUGAGAAAAGAUUCUCUACGCUGAGCAUAUUAAAACUACACAUGACUCUCCAUACAGGUGAGAAGCCAUACAAUUGCAAAAUUUGUGGGAAAAAGUACAGAUAUACUCAGCACUUGAGUAGACACAUGAGUACUCACGCAGUGUGAAAAGAGUCUGUCGGAUGCCACAUUUAAAAAGACUGAAGAAUACAUUGAUGGCAAGUGUUCACCAACAUCUUUGUAAGUUAAUGUAAAAAAAUUCCCCAUGAAGAGUUCAGAACAUUUUCAUGUAAAUUGUACAUUGUCAACAACACUGUCAAGUUUUGUUUGUCAG